UAGCUAGUAACGGUUGAGUCAGCACGAGGCACUGUUGUGUUGUGCAGUGACGCUAGCAAAACAAAUGAAACUAACACCUUGACGUCAUAAGGUCAGGCUUCGACCGGAGUGCGCGCGCAGCUCGGUGUUUACCUCGUCUGUUAUGUUACUGCGUCGCUAAAACUCGGUGUAUUUAGCAUAAUCAAUUCGUACCGAGUGUUCGUAUCAAGAUGGACGCAUUUCUACCGGCUCUAGGUGAUCGCGUGUUCAAAGCGGAUUACAUAAAAAAGAAACGUCUGAGAAAGGGUAAAUCUCAGUACUUGGUCAAAUGGAAGGGAUAUUCCUCAAAAGAGUGUACGUGGGAACCGGAAGAGAAUAUUCUGGACCCUCUCCUUAUUAAAGAAUACAUAGAACGGCCAUACUCUCGGCGCUUUGGCAAGAGGAAACUGUGUGAGGUAUCGAAGCGACUGCCACUGACCACUCUUUAUCCAUAUACCUCUACAUCCCCCGAAGAAGACAACAACAACAUACCCGUAGAUCUGUUCCCGUUUGAUAGACAGGACAGAAGAGAGGAUUCCACAGGACCGGAAGUUGGAUACCUGUCCGACGCUGCGCAUGUGAAGCUGGGGUCGGUUGGGAGUGACCGAGGUACAGAUGAAACACCCACAAGCGAGACACGUACACAACAGUGUGCGGUGUGUAAUAAUGACAAUCACUAUGUCAUCCCUGGCACGUGCUCGUGUGAAGGCCGGCGUCGAGACAGGAACUUCUUUGAUUGGGUGUCUCAGACCCGCGCGUUCCACGCAACACAACUCCAAGACAAAGAUCUUUGUGACAAAUCCGAUGACCAGUUCUCUGAUGAGUCGACAGUGAAAUAUGUAUCGGAUGAUGAUAUGACAUGUGGCUAUCGAUCAGACAGUAUCCGAGGUGAACUGAGUGACGACGAGGACAUGGUUACUUCCCCUGCCCCUCCCUCGCCUUGUCAUUAUGAAACGUCAGUGGAAGAGGAUCCCCCUGUAAAUGAACUACUUGUUACAAAUGUUACCUGUAAUGAAAUCACCGUAACAUUUAUUGAGAGUCCCACCAAGGCAGGUUUUUUUAAGGAAGGCCGAGAGCAAGGUCCGACGGGAUAAAAUGGUGUGUGUGAUACUCUAAAAAAAACAUUGGCCCAUGCGCCAAAAUAACAGGACCAAAGUUGUCACGCCCACCUUUGCCAGCAGCAGACAAAUAUGGAGUGCAACUAUAAGCUAUCCUUCGUGUUCAAACAUACAGAGUUCAGUUUCUAUUGUAGUCGUGCACCCUUCUGUAGUGUUCGAUAAUGACCAGUACGUGUGUGUAUGUGACAGUAACGAGUCCAUUGUCUGGACGAACCACGAUGGUACUGGUCAUCUUAGCCCCUGUAGUUUGUGAUGUGGUGGCUGGACACAGGUCACAAUAGCCCAUCUUUUAGUAGACAUGUGCAAUAUUGAUUUGUAUGUGUGACGUGGGACCACUGGAUGUACUUCACGCCAUGGAUUAAUGACCGAUACGCAGACCUUUUAAUGGUGCCAUGAUCAGCGAGGGAUUUUUUGUCUUUUUAAUUGUUAACACUUGAUACUGUUAUUAAAGGUGGAAAUGCAUUUGAAA